AUGCACAUCGGACAGGUCCUCGAUCGUGGGAUUUCGACAGGACCUAGGUUUCGGAAGCACACACCAUGGAUCACAAGCCCGCUCACAAAUACCACAAAUGCACACAAUCAUACAGGUCAACCUUCGGCAGAAACAAGUGCUUCCGACUUGAUUGCAGACCAAGCAAUGGGACGAAGAAGGCAAGGAGUUCCACAGUUUCAGCAACGCCAUGAGUCUACCACGAUUGAACUUUUUUAUGACCUGUUCUUUGUCGCCAAUCUAUCUUCGUUCAGCAAUAACCAUGAAAUCGUCGACGCGAAGACUCUACGGAACUAUAUCGGCUUCUUCACUAUUCUAUGGUUUACCUGGCUUCAAACCUCCCUCUUUGAUGUUCGUUUUGCGGCUGAUUCCUGCUUUGAUCGAGUUUGCAAAGCAUUUUCCUUUGCUAUCAUGACUGGCUUCGCCAUGGUAGGGGUCCUCUAUGAUACCACCAAUGUUGAGGGCAAUUCCAGAAUAUUCCAGAUAAUGAGUCUUAUCCUCAUGUCGUCACGGCUCAUUCUGAUUGUGCAGUAUGGCGUUGUGUUCAUCUAUGUCCGACAAUAUCACAACACUCGCACACCCCUUUUAGCGACGAUGGGGGCCCUCUUUGUUGCUGCUGCGAUCUUUCUUGGCACAUAUUGGGGAUUCAAUGUCACAGAAAGUACCAAUCAUGAUGGUGUAGAAGUGGUCAAGUUGGCUCACCCUGACAUUUAUCUCGCAUGGUAUAUCGUCGCGGUCCUUGAAGCGGCACCCAUGGGACCGUGUGCUGAUGGGAUGUUGUUCAGUGUUGCAUUGUCGAACCUUGUCGAAAAUAUCCCAGACUCAGUGAACACGACACUAGGACUGGCUCAAUAUCUAGAGGAUGGAAUUAACACUAUCGACGGUUGGAACAAACAAAGUCAAUUGGCACAGUUUUACGACUAUAACUACAACCUCACAUCGCUGAGAAAUAUAACGAUAACUCCAUACAAUUCCACACAGUGGUGGGAUGAAGCCGACCCUAUCCUCUCGGACCUCGUUAAUGGCGUUGCCACUGCUAUAUUCAACCAAUUCGGCGUUGAAGGACCAGAAACUCAUGACCACAGUGUGCACGAAACCCUCCAACAGAAAACUGAGGCUCUAAAGAACGUUUUCGGCACCGUGUUUGUCUACUUCUACAUUGCAGCAGGCAGCUUCUUGCUCGUGCUCGCCACUUUGUACUGGUUCGGCAAGACACAGAAGUCCCUUGGAGAGUGGUUGUCCAUUCUGCUCAGAAGCCUGGUCGGAAUCGGUAUUGGCUUGUUGUGUUUGUUUAGCUUUUCAGACACAGACGCCGCAGACGCUUUCAUACUCAGUACCUGGCAAAUCGGUGUAGUCGUGAUCGCCUAUUUCAUUGGUAAGUCUCAAUGCAUGUGA